GCCCACAGCGGCGGGCGGAACCGAGCGCGCAGGCGCGGCGCUGCCUCUCUCUGCUGGUGGCCCGCCCUCCCUCCUCCCCUCCCUCCCCUCCCCGUCCCCUCUCCCCUCCUCAGGCCCGCGCGUCUUCCUCCCGCACGCGCCGUCGUUAGCCGAGCGCUCGCCGGUGCGCGCCUUCCUCGUCCCUCCGGCAGCGGGGCGGGCGCGACCCUGCUCCGCGCUCGCGGCCCCGGCCAGGAGCAUACCACCGUUCCCCGGAGCGCGGGGGUGGGGGGAGCCGGCUGCCCUGCCGCCCGCCCCUCGGCGACCCCGCGGGGCUGAGGCGACGCCGCACCCGGCAGCCAGAGCGCACAGCCGGCCUUGACCCAGAGCUCCGAACCGCGAGCGCCGCCGCGUCCGCCGCCGGCCCCACCCAUCCGGACCGCGGCCAUGGCCGAAACCGAGGAGCGGAGCCUGGACAACUUCUUCGCCAAGAGGGACAAGAAGAAGAAGAAGGAGCGGAGCAGUCGGGCGGCCAACGCGGCGAGCGGCGCGGGCGGGAGCAGCUUGGCGCCGGGCGCCAGGCCGGGCGACGGCGGGAGCUCGGGCUCCGGUGCCAGGCUGGGCGACGGCGGGAGCUUGGGCUCGGGUGCCAGAUCGGGCGACGGCGGAAGCUCGGGCUCCGGUGCCAGGUCGGGCGACGGCGGGACCUCGAGGUCGGGCGACGGCGGGAGCACGGGCUCCGCCGGCAAGGCCGUAACGAAGGAUGAAGAUGAGUGGAAAGAAUUUGAGCAAAAAGAGGUUGAUUACAGCGGUCUAAGAGUUCAGGCAAUGCAAAUAAGUGAAAAGGAAGAUGAUGAUAACGAAAAGAGAGAAGAUCCAGGCGACAACUGGGAAGACGGUGGAGGUGGUAGUGGAGUAGAAAAAUCCUCAGGUCCCUGGAAUAAGACAGCUCCAGUACAAGCGCCUCCUGCUCCAGUAAUAGUUACAGAAACCCCGGAGCCGGCAAUGCCUAGUGGUGUAUAUAGGCCUCCUGGGGCCAGGCUAACCACGACAAGGAAAACACCACAAGGACCACCAGAAAUAUACAGUGACACACAGUUCCCAUCCCUGCAGUCCACUGCCAAGCACGUAGAGAGCCGGAACAGGUACUUAAAAUGAAUGCUACCUGAAGUAAAAUGACCACAUAUGGCACAUCUACAUCUUAUUUAGGGACAUGAAUUUUCAAAAGUAAAUAAAAUGGGAAGAAAUGUAAAUGGCAUCAGAUGGAAAAAUUUUUUGGGUGGCUUUAAAGUAAAUCAGCCUUUUCGCCUCAUUGAGAGCACAGCUGGCUUGAAUUUAGACCUCCAAUUGGACUUGCUUCUCUCCUCUGUCCUCAGAUGUGUGGGAGAGUCUGAGAGGCAGUGACUUGCCACACACAUCUUUCUUUACCUGAUCUAAUCAGACCACUCCCCCAAAGCAAAAGGGAGGAGAGAUCGUUGAAUGAUGAGAACAUUACUUGAAUGAGAAAAUUGUUACCCUUAUGCAUAAAGAUGUAUUAUCUACUAACUGCUAAAACUUAGAAGUGAGUCUUAGGAGGAAUGUCAUUAUACAGCUUCUUUCUGGUUGUCUUCAAGUUGGUCCCAAAAUACUCUGUGCAGAAGAUGGGACCUCAGAGCUUCAGUACAGUAUUACAUGUUUUCUGUUCAAUUGAAGCCUUAAAAUGGUUUGAUAAAGGAUUUUGUAUUCCCUUCCUGUCCAGGAUUAUUCUUAGGGGUCUUUUUUUUUUUUUUUUAAUUCAAGGAAGAAUACUUUCAAAUUCCCCAGUGAGGAAGAAAUAUUUACUGAUUACAUUUCUUUUCCCUUAGGGAUAAAGAAAUGGAGAAGAGCUUUGAAGUAGUAAGACACAAAAAUAGAGGUAGGGAGGAGGUUUCAAAAAACCAGGCCCUUAAACUUCAGCUAGACAACCAGUAUGCUGUGCUUGAAAAUCAGAAGUACAGCCACACGCAGUACAGUUAAGCAAUGGUCUUUGCUAAAGCCUUCCAAGAUAACUAGACCACAGCUAACCACCAAGAACAGCCGUUCAGCGUCUGAUUUCUGGAUUUACAGUGACUGACUGAAAGACCUCGAUUCCAGUGACUGUCCCUGUUGCACUAUGGAAGUUCAAGAGUCACAACUGAUCUUGAUGUGUGUUGGAUUUAGGGUGUUUUCAUUGUCUUAAAUAUGUGUGAAGUAGAUUCAGCAGUGUUUCCAUAGUUGCUCUGCAUAUAAAACCAAACCUGCAGCCAGUGGUCAUUUCAAACAUCUUUCUGUUCAGAUACUGAGCCUUUGCAAGGUUGACUACCUCAGAUUUGCUGCACUUAAUUGUGGAUUUCAUGUGGAUCACAACUUCUGCAUAAGGUUACAGCUAUUAUUGUCGGUGUGAACCUUGAAACCAACUCUACUGGAUUCCUGUCAGCAAGCCUUCAGAAGUCAGCCGUCUGGGUUCUGCUCUGCUGUAGAAGAUGAAGAGUCAAGUGACCUUAAUUCGCCUGUCUGUGCCCCACCCUGAGGAAUACUCUGUAGGCUGUGGCUAUAUCAGACUGCCCAGAACAAGCCGCUGUCUAAACUGAUGUGUUUGGAUCAUCUGUGUGGAGCUAUGAUUUAUCAUUUAAGUUUUUAGUUGUAGGAUGAAGUGACUACAGAUUCAAUUCAACCAAACUUGGAUCCACCAAAUGGGGAACGGGUGGGGGAUAGUAUUGUUUAUUUGAAUACCUUUUUAUUCAGAUAGUGCUUGUUCUGUUCCACAUUAAGGCCUUGCUUUGACUUGGAGUAAGUUCUUUAACAGCAUAUUGUGUGAUGAAUAGCCUGAAUGAGGCAUUGGAAUUGUGAAAUGCCCUGUGAAUUUGCCAAUCCCUAGGUGGAACCAGAUCGCCUUUGAUAGAAAGGGCAGUGGAUGCCAGAGGCUCCACUCCAGGUGCUGCUCAAGCCUCCUCUAAUCAGGUCUAAAUUGAAUUGCUGUGGUGUCUGCUCAGGUGGGGAGGGGUUCACUGAACUGUCUUAACAAUUCAAAGCAACAGGAGCAAAACCUCACCAACACCCUGAAGUUGUUUCAUGAAUCUUGCUUGGUGUCUGAUAAGAAAUCUGUGUGUGCACCCCAAAUUUGAAGAUACUGGCAAUUGUGUAGAUACAUUCCUUGCUCCAGCCAGCUUUUGUCCACCUUGGGAGUAUGUUUGUGAUGAUCACUUGGAAAGGCAGGGGAAUAGCCAGUGGUAUAACACUGUUCUUAGUAGUUACAAUUGAACUUUGCAGUAGUACUUGGCCCUUACAGAGGUCAUUGCUAUUAGUUCCUUUCCACCUAGUGAAAUAGUCUGGCAGUUACCUACUUCCGUGUCACUAGAAAUGGUUCAGUACAAAUACUCUGUAUUGGCAACUGAGACUACAUGAUGACAGUGCCUGGGUUUGUCUGUAAUGAGUCCCUUUGCCAAAUGCAGUUGAGACAGGAGUGAAACAUAAUGAGGGAAGCCCUCCUAGCUUGAGAAUAUGUCUUGCAGUUCAGUGAAUGAGUGCAGCGGAGGUGCAGGUCAGUGUUUCCUGACCAGACUGCAUGCCACUCUGGUCAAUAAUGUUGGCGUGAUCUGAGCUAGCCAGGAGCACGUUGGGUGAUAUUUUCGGUCAAACCUGGAGACUUAUUUGGGCACAAGAAACCUUAACAAGUAAUCUCUCACUUUGAGCCACAUACUUAGCUGAAAGUAUGCUUUACACACACAACCCCCACCCCCACCCCGCAAUCUGUUUGGGGUUAGGGUUUGAGAAGUGAAAGGAGGCAUGUGAAGAGGUUUGUUUAAUGGCAUACUGUACUGGAACACUGAAGACCUGCAGCAGAUGCAAAUUCCAAGUCUUGUUAUAAAUUUUUAAGAUUGUGAAAUUAUCAAAAUGCACAUGAAUCAAGUUUUAAUACACUAUCUGGGUGGAGGAGGCUGUCCAUUGCACCAUUUCUUUCUUUGGGUUCUCAGGCAUGGUUCGGCAGUGUAAGAACUCUGUAACAUUAACAUUGAAUAAAAAGUAAAUCUAUGAA